UCCCAUCACAGAGGAGUGAAAGGCAAUGAAGAACUUGGGAAAAUGACAUCUUUCUGUUUAGUUUAAGGAAGACUCUCUUUUAGUUUAAGGAAAGAAGACUAGGUAAGUACAUCCUAAAGCACACUUUUAUAAAUUCUUGACAGCAGAAAGCUUGAUGUAUAUUGUCAACUCAAGUUUGCAGUGUUACCAAAAAAAGGCCUUUGUUCUAUAUUUUGUAUUUCUUACUGAAACUUUCAUUUUACAGUCACUCUCAGACUAUUUGUUUGCUAGCCCACGUGAUCAUCAAAGCAGAAAGUACAUUUUAUUUUUUUAGCAUAUAUAAAUGAAGUAAUGUUCUCAUGUGUCAUAAAGCCAAAUAAGAAUGCUGUGGUAACAUGAGUUGUGCUAAUAUAAUUGUUUUAAGGGGGUAGGAUUAUACCAAUGAUUCUUGUUAACUUGUGAGAAACUUAAACAUGUUAUUUAUUAACUCCCAUGAGUUUAUUGGCUCUCAGUGUCACACAAUACAGUAAAAUAUAGGAAAACAUUUCCAAUCCCAAUGCCUGGUGUUUUUGAUUUCCAUCCAUCAAACUGAUAUUCUUAAUGCAAAGGUUGACUCCGAUAUUUUCCUGUUGAAAUGGGUAAUGAAAACAGCAGCCAAGAAAGUCAGGAGAGCCCUUCAGUUCCAAAAUCAACAGAGCCACUUAAUACUGAGAGAGAAACAAAAACUAAAAAGUCAAGGAAAAAGAGCAGAGAUAAAUCACUCAAUCAAGAUGACUUGGACACGUUACCAUCAGAUUCUGCAGUUUCAUUACCACUGCCAGAUGAUAGUUUCUCAUUAACUGCAGAAGAUACAAGUGGAAAUUGGCCUCUAGUGUCUAACUUGGAGGAAAGGGAGUCCCAUCAAUCCCUAAUCCCAAAUACUCUAUUUGCUGGAAUUGAUAUAAAUGAAGAUUUAAGGACCCAGAAUCCUCUCCUGAGCAGCCUAAACAAUGAAAGCCUCUAUAGUAUCACUGCUGAAGAAUCAACCAAUGAAAACGCUGUUGUGGCACAUCCAGAUGUGAUGGAGAACAACCUGCAUGAGGGAGAUUCCUUGGGAGCCACUGAAGAAGGAGGACAAGAUCAAAGGCAACAUAUGCCAACGCUUUCUGAGCAUGGUGAAGAAUGCACUGCACUAAGUUUUGAAAGUAGUACUGAAGGCUUGCCAGCCAUGAGGUCAAACCCUUCUAUUGUGAAUGAUAAAGACACCAGAAUUGUACCUCUUGUUAGUGAAAAAACAGAUGCUGAGUGUUAUGCAACUACUUUUGCAAGAGAGUCUGAGAAAGAUCCAAAUAAUACUGCUUUGGAGCAUAUUCCUUCAUUAGAUUCUGCUUGGACAUCAGAACCUGAAACCGAGGAAAGCAAUUCCAGGGAAUUAGAUUCAUUGCAACACAGUGAACUGUUGAUUGAAGGAGACAAGACACACAUUGUUCAGCUGCCUAAGAGUGAGAAAGGCAGAGAUUCUUAUACCGCUAAAGAAAUCAGACAGGAGAAUAAAUUAAAAAUGAACCUAAAGAACAGUUAAUGUAUGAUGGAUAUAAAAACACAGACAAAAGAAAUGAUGGCAAUACAGAUCGAGCCAAGAAUUUAACAUUGCCAUUUCCUAUAGGUGAUUUGGAGGGUCAUAAAGAACAAACAGAUCAGCCCAGGAUAUUGCUUGGUGAAAAUCC